CAGUCCAGCGUUGUUCGCCGGCGAGGCCGCACCUGACAACCCCCCAUUGACGGGAGAGAGUGAUACAGGCUCCGCGACCGAGAUUUAGAAAGAGUCUGUCUGACGUACGCUUAUCCGUAUAGCAGAAGGGAGAGACGUCAGGGAUGUUCUCGCGGUGCUGCCGGUCGCACGCGUACCGAGACCCGCAGUACCAAGAGUGAACCACUCUCCUCCCCCGUUGUUCACCCUGACCCGAUGCUGCGGCAGCCGAGCGAACGCGGGAAGCCCGACGUACGGGACGUACCGAUGAUCAGACUGCGGAUGCGUCCCUAAGCCCAUUUUCUACGCACACAUACACACAGAGCCACGCGAGAGAUCUGCAUCAAGCCCCCAGUGAUCCCCAGUUACGAUCGCUGGCGAUCAAGGCUCGGACCGAUAUCCCUUGCUCGGCUGCUCGUGACCGACGUCGUGUCUGUCGGGAACUGUUCGCGAGAUCGAAGUGAGAGAGGGACCCCGAGGUGGUAAACGGGAUCCGCAGGCAAAUCCAAAUCGGAAGAGAUGUCCGCGCUGCCCGACGAUGCCGCGUUGUGGUGCAGGCUGUCCAGGCCAUAGUUCACGCAGGUUGUGCCAUCCGGUACCGGAUAGCGGCGUGCGAAAGUACCGGGACAUCGCUGCGUGGAGGCGGUCACGUGCCCCCGACGGAGCUAGGACGAUGCACCUGGCGAGCCCGGUGCAGUCGCGACCGGGCGAGCCCUGAGGAUUCACGAUCGCUCCGUUCCCAUCGCGCCGAGCGGCUCGUCGCCGGGAGACAGCUGAUCUUCCGGGCGGUUCAGGUCGAGGUUCGUCCUCGCUCGACGCCGCCUGGCAGCCACGUGCGAGGACGAGCGGACGAGCGGCGGUGAGGCAGCGGUGGCGGGAAGGGAAGUGGAGAAAAUCGGCAACGUGGAGGAGGUGGUGCACGGCCGGGCGGUCAUCGAGGAAGCAGCUACGUUCCGGCACCCCCUCGAACAAACAUGAGACGUUCGUGGACGCUUGUCGCGGCGAUAGCCCUGGCUGCAUCGGGGCUGGUAAGUGGCGGUCUCCACGAGAAGAGGCUGCUGAACGACCUGCUGGACGCGUACAACGUGCUGGAGCGGCCGGUGAGCAACGAGUCCGACCCCCUCGUGCUGAGCUUCGGCCUCACGCUCAUGCAAAUAAUCGACGUCGACGAGAAGAACCAGUUGCUCAUCACGAAUCUCUGGCUGAAACUGGAAUGGAACGACGUAAACAUGAGAUGGAACGUCUCGGACUAUGGAGGUGUACGAGACCUCAGAAUACCGCCACAUAGGUUGUGGAAACCCGACGUUCUUAUGUAUAACAGCGCCGACGAGGGCUUCGACGGCACUUAUCCGACGAACGUCGUCGUAAAGAACAAUGGGACCUGCUUGUACGUGCCGCCCGGUAUAUUCAAGAGCACUUGCAAGAUAGACAUUACCUGGUUUCCCUUUGACGACCAGCGCUGCGAGAUGAAAUUCGGUUCCUGGACGUACGACGGCUUUCAGUUGGAUCUGCAGCUGCAGGACGAGUCCGGAGGUGACAUCAGCAGUUUCAUCACUAACGGCGAGUGGGAUCUGUUGGGGGUACCCGGUAAGAGGAACGAAAUCUACUACAACUGCUGCCCGGAACCGUACAUAGACAUCACUUUCGUCGUCAUCAUCAGAAGACGCACACUCUACUACUUCUUCAACCUGAUCGUGCCGUGCGUCCUGAUUGCCAGCAUGGCCGUCCUCGGGUUCACCCUGCCGCCCGAUUCCGGCGAGAAACUCUCCCUCGGGGUAACCAUUCUCCUGUCCCUUACUGUGUUCCUGAAUAUGGUUGCCGAGACAAUGCCGGCGACGUCCGACGCCGUGCCGCUUUUAGGGACAUAUUUCAAUUGCAUCAUGUUUAUGGUGGCCAGUAGCGUGGUCAGCACGAUCCUCAUCUUGAACUAUCAUCAUCGGAAUGCUGACUCCCAUGAAAUGGGUCGAUGGGUCAGGGUACUUUUCCUAUUUUGGCUACCUCGUAUACUCGGUAUGUCUAGGCCGGGACAGGAGGAAGACAAGGAACCACUAGUUCAAAAGUCUCAGAAGCCAUCUCCAGUCACGGGUGCGAGCAAGUCGUACGGUGAUCUGGAGCUGCACCAGAGGAGCAGUAAGUCCCUCUUGGCGAACGUCCUGGACCUGGAUGACAACGCGCUGGCGUCUCACAACAAUUUGCUGAACAAUGUGUACAGCACACCCGGACCUCAUCACGCGCACGCGACGCCGAUGACGCCGAUGGGUCACGGCCACAGUCACGUACACACGACGCCCCAUCAUCAUCAUAGCCACGCGCCCACGACGCCGCACCAUCAACACGCGACGCCCCUACCGCACUCGUCGUAUCCCGGCCAUCAAAUCUCGCAUACGCCGCAUCAUCACCCACAUCCGCAGGAUCCUGCGGGAGCGCCGCAGGUCGAGACGAUACUUCAGAACGCGUGCUUCUGCGCUCGUUACGAGCUUGUGCUAAUUUUGAAGGAGAUUAAGAUAAUAACAAAUCAACUGAAGAACGAGGAUGAGAACACGAAGAUCACGAACGAUUGGAAGUUCGCGGCGAUGGUGAUCGAUAGGAUGUGCCUAAUCAUUUUUACUCUGUUCACUAUCAUCGCUACCAUCACCGUCCUGCUGUCAGCACCGCAUAUUAUCGUCACGUGAUUCAGAAAAGCCAGUCUGCCGCCGGUGGUUCCGGGGCCGACGAGGAUUGCGUGCCGAGCGCCGGCGUCGACGGGCGCCGGCGCCGCUCGCGACGCUCCAACCGAACGUCCGCCCUUAACCGGUUCCCAGCGGAUCGGGCUUAAGGGCGUUCAUCUUCGGGUUCGCACGCCGCUUCGUUUCGGAGACCUGCGCGUUAGGAAGAAAGCAAUACGGGGAGUAACUUUGUUUCUUUAUGAUAUACAUAAUAAUACCAUCAGUAAAAAUGAGAAUAAUAACGCUAUCGAUAAUGAGAAUAACGAUAAUAGUACUAAUAAUUAUUACGUAAUAGUUACGGUAAAACUUUAUCGUAUAAUUAUCCCACAAGGACGCCUUAGCGAAACACGUUGACACACCGUUUAUAAACGGCGCGAGCACACGAGUGAAUAUAGGAAGGACAUGUUACACAGGGAGUACAGGGACACGCGGGAAUAGAGCCAUACGCGAGGAACACGUACACUGGUUUGUUACACGCAUCCCUGAGAGCAGUCGAUGUGACGAACACUUUGUACAGUUGAGAUGAUAUACGUUUUAUCGAACGAGUCAAAUAAUUAGUUCUAUAAAAAGAUCCAAUUACGAAUUUUCAUAGAGAUAUAAGUAACGAUCGAAUCGAAGAAGAAGAAAGAUUCGACUCUGUCCUCCGCGACUACUACUUGGGGAUGUAUCACAUAUAUACACGUAUACACACACGCACGUAACAUCAUGCGAGAGCGAUAAUACGCAUGGAACCGUGAUUUGCCAAUGAGUUAAAAAUACUUUUUCUGCGGCCCAAGGUUAGUACGAUAUAGAAGUCUUCGAAUGUACUCGAGGAUCAGUAUUGCUAGGUUUAAGAGACUCUUACGGCAGUCCAGACAAGUUUCGUAACGUUUCUACGAAUCCGCAUAAAGACUCCCCAAAUUCGAGAAUCUCCAAAAGCCCAUAAAUUUUGAAAAGUGUAAAUUUCCAAGAAUAUAAAAUUAAAAUCUAAAUGAAUAUAUAUAGUAGGGUGCUCAUAAAAAAAACAACACUGAUAUAAAAUCAAAGUUUUCAAGUGUAACUGAGAUUUUUGAGAAUACGUAAACUGUAAUAUUCGAAGAAAAUUCGGAAAUUACUACAUGUCAGUUGAUAUUGGUCCUUGUCCAUGAUUAGAUGAAAAAAUAAGCGCUCGAGAAUGCUGCUAACGGAUCCUUUUUGUCCGUACAAAUGAAAUAAAGGGGGGAAAUAAAAAGAAAAACGACAAAGAGAAAUAAAAAGCGAAGCGGGACAAGGGUUGAUGGGCUUUAAAGGUAAAACGCACAGGUUACACUCUCAGAAUAUACACGAUGAACUGCCAAGGUGAUUCAAAUAAUGCCAGAGAAUUUUUCUUAUCCGUAUCAUUAGUAUGUAAAAAUCGACGACGACUUAAUAAACCGGGGGAUUUGUAUUACGAUUUAAGUGACGGUGACAUAAAAUACUCUCUCGAGUAGGUCGCGAGAGUGAUCCGAAGGACACUACGGAAGGAACUGCAGAAACUGGACGCGAGAGAAAAAAAAUGCGAAGGAUGGUUGUGAUUGUUCGAUAACUUCCGCUGUGACAAAUUCAGUUUUGAAUAAUGUACUUUCUUUCAUGUCUGCAAGUACGAGCUGUUUUGUUAUUAAUCCGCAUUCUCGUCGCGCAUUUAGCGUUAAAUGCAGUUUUCCGAUCCCUAUUUUGCAUCGGGAUCAUGUAAAUACGAGCUCCAUAUUGAAUAUGCGUAUUAGGAUACUAAAACGGCUCUAUAUUUCGAGAAUUAGACGAUUAAUUUCUCAAGCUGACUGUCGGAGUUUUAUUUAAAUUAAGAACCGGGCAUCUCGUGUUUUUUAAUAUAGGAUUUUCAAGUUUUGAAUUUCAAGCAAAACAGAUAUAUUUUCUGCUGGAUGUGUGCCGAGAAAACGGAUCGUUAUCUCUUACAUCGUAACGUAAAACGCGGGCAUACGCAGACGUAUACUUACAUUUUGUAGCAUGUAUAUUCGCGUACGUUUUAUUGUCUGACACAUCAAUCUUUUCCCUUCUCCGCAAUGAUACCAUUACAGGAAUCGUUAUCGCGACAGCACUGUAACUUCUUUCCGACAUUUAAAAAGCGUCUCGAAGAGCAAAAGCUAAAAAAGCGUGAACCUUUAUUUCUUUUUUCUAUCAAAAAAGACGUAACUUCGAGAAAGAGGAUGUAACUUUAAUGUCUCCCGUUCUGUUACUUUCAGACUGCGGCGUAUUUCCGCCGACGCUGAAUAUCGGCAGCUAUAUUAAAAUUGAAUAGCUAUACAAUGUGUAAAUUAACAUUGCAACACUAAUCACUACGAUCAACGAGUAGAUUGGUGAUCACGAUAAAUAUUUUUUUCAUCCGCAAUAAACGAUACAGAGAGCAUAACUUCACUUUCGAGUACAUUCAAAAUAUUAACACUCGUUACGUUCUCUGCUAAUUCACGAGCCGCUCUCGAGAGUGUGGUAGAAAAUCGCGGAAGCGACGGAGUCGAUUAGUUACGCUAGGAAGAAGAAAAAAGCAACGUGGGAUGGCGAUAAAAGAAAGGAAGUUGCUCUUGCUCACGGACAGACUCGUAGGCGGACGUCGUCUCGACGAGACAUCAGGGAGACGAACUCAAGUCGUAUCGUACAGUUUUCGGCCAUCGACACUGGGGAUACGCGACAACCAAUCAAGUUACCUUUUAAAUACUAUUAAUGAUUAUUAAAGUAAUGAAUCGUUGUUGAUCAUGUUGUAACGUGGGCGGGAUUACGCAUAGGAGUAUAGUAAGAAUUACGAUGUUUUUUUUAUCUUUAGCGCGCGGAAAAACGACAAAGAGAAAAAGAAAUAAACAGAUUAACGUCGAAACUCGUAUUAAACUCGUAAGAGAGAUAGAAAUUUUUAGACGAGAAAUGCGAUUAAUCACUAUAACUGUCAAAUAAUUAAGGAGAAAUCAAGGAGAUAAUUCGCUGAAAAAAAGGAAUAAACGUGUAGUUCGAGA